UGGGUUCGUCGACGUCCUAGGCCUAUGAAUUCCCUUCUCGAUGCUGCCACAGAUCGAGUGAUGUUUUGAGCUGGGAUUCCCAUACAUCUGGUCCAAAAAUGGCUGAAAGCGAGGAUAAGUUCUAUUAUGUGUACAGCUGCGAUUUAAGUGCAAAUGUUCAGAUUAAAAUUGGAACACUAGAGGGAAAGAGAGAGAGGCCAAGUUACAGGGAUUUACUGGCAGAUCCUCAGUUGAGAUUCUCUGGUCUCUAUGAAGAAAAGUGUGCUGACCUUUAUGUGACCUGUCGAGUCUUUGCCGAUGGGAAACCUUUGACCUUGCCCAGAAGAACAUCAUACAGGGCAUUUACUACCAGAUGGAACUGGAAUGAAUGGCUGAUCCUUCCACUAAAGUUCAGUGACCUCCCAAGAAAUGCCCAGGCUGCUUUCACCAUCUGGGAUGUGUAUGGACCAGAUGAUGCACGGCCGGUAGGAGGGACCACUGUCAGUCUCUUUGGCAAACAUGGCACAUUCCGCAAUGGCAUGCAGGACCUGAAGGUAUGGCCGGGGGUCGAGGGCGAUGGUCGGGGUCAAAGCAAGACACCCGGUAAGCUGGCCGAUAGCAAUGACACCAUGGCACGGCUGGCCAAACUGACCAAGAAACAUCGUAAAGGUCACAUGCUGAAGGUGGAUUGGUUGGAUAGACUGACCUUCAGGGAGAUUGAAAUGAUCAAUGAAAAAGAGAAGAGAGACUCAAACUUCAUGUAUCUAAUGGUGGAAUUUCCUAGGAUUCAUUACAAUGAUAUUGAGUUUGCUGUUGUGUAUUAUGAGAAGGACGCAGAGGAGACGAUAUGCACUAGAAACUAUGCAGAGAUAGUCUCUGUUCCAGAUCCUGAGAUGUUAAUGGAAAACCUUGUUGAGAGUAAGCACCAUACCUUGGCUAGAAGUGAAAGGAGUGGAUUAUCAGACAGAGAUCUCAAACCAAAUGCUUCCACCAGAGACCAGCUCAAUAACAUAGUCGGCUAUGGUCCCACCAAGCCGUUAACCUACGAGGAGCAGGAUGUGGUGUGGAGGUUCAGAUACUAUCUCAACAGCCAGGGGAACGCCCUUACCAAGUUCCUUCGCUGUGUCAAGUGGGACGUUCCCCAUGAGGAGAAGCAAGCCUUGGAGUUGCUUCAGAGCUGGGCUCCUAUCGAUGUUGCCGACGCGCUGGAGCUUCUCUCGCCUCAAUUCAGACAUAGAGCUGUCAGGAGAUUUGCAGUGUCAAGGCUAAGACAGGCAAAUGAUGAGGAGUUGAUGUUGUACCUCCUUCAGCUGGUCCAGGCCUUACGUUACGAAGACUUUGAUGAGAUCAAAGCUGGACUAGAAGCUGCAUCAGCUAGACCAAGAACCGAGUCUCAUGUGUCCCAGGAAUAUCACGUGGAUAGGGACAGGAGUUCAAGUCACAACACUAUUCCCCAUCCCCUCGCUGAGACACCAGAGUCACCAACCCCUCCUGCCACACCCAGGGAUCAGGAACAAGGGAAGAAAGACAUUGAAGAGUGUAAUCUAGCCACAUUCCUGAUAGAGAGAGCAUGCUGUAACUACACCUUAGCUAACUAUCUCUACUGGUAUCUACUGGUAGAGAGUGAUGAACAAGAUACAAUCUCCAAGGAUACGCGUAUCAUCGACAUGUACAAGACUGUUCUUAAAUGCUUUAGUCAAUCUCUCAGCAAGGGAGGAAAGGAUUGUGUUCACUAUCGGUCACUACUGGUCAGACAGCACACAUUGACCAAUCAUAUCCUUAAUAUCAUGAGAUUAGUAGCUAAAGAGAAUGGGAACAGAAAGAAAAAGAUCGAGAGGUUACAGGCAUUACUCGGUGACAAUGAGCAGUCGGUCAACUUCACAAACUUUGACCCUCUACCCCUGCCCCUUCACCCGGAAGUCAAGGUUGUGGGUGUGGUCGCGGAGAAGGCGUCCAUGUUUAAAAGCUCCCUCAUGCCCAUCAAGCUCACAUUCAAGACGACCGAUCACGAUGAGUAUGUAGCUAUAUGUAAGAAUGGAGAUGAUUUAAGACAGGACCAACUCAUUCUUCAGAUCAUCACACUUAUGGAUCAGUUGUUGCGACAAGAGAACCUAGAUCUGAAGCUGACUCCAUACAGAGUACUGGCUACAAGCAGCAAGAAUGGCUUUGCUCAAUUCAUUGAUUCAUCAGCAGUAGCUGAUGUACUUUCGCAAGAAGGAAACAUUCAGAACUUCUUCAGAAAGCACGCACCAAGCGAGGGAGCCCCGUACGGCAUCAGCCCUGAUGUGAUGGAUACCUACGUGAAGAGCUGCGCCGGCUACUGCGUCAUUACCUACCUACUGGGGGUCGGAGAUCGUCACCUGGACAACCUCCUCCUGACCAAGUGUGGCAAGCUCUUCCAUGUGGACUUUGGGUACAUCUUGGGGCGGGACCCCAAGCCCCUCCCACCGCCCAUGAAGAUGAGUAAAGAGAUGGUGGAGGGGAUGGGAGGGGCGCAAGGGGAGCAGUACCAAGACUUCCGGAAGAUCUGUUAUACAUCAUUCCUUCAUCUCAGAAGACAUUCCAAUCUAAUCUUGAACCUGUUUUCCCUGAUGGUUGAUGCCAGUGUGCCUGACAUAGCGUUAGAACCAGACAAGACAGUUAAAAAGCUCCAGGAUAAGUUUCGUCUAGACCUUACUGAUGAAGAAGCAGUUCAUUACAUGCAGACUUUGAUCGAUGAGAGCGUGGGGGCAGUCUUUGCAGCUGUUGUUGAACAAAUUCACAAAUUUGCCCAGUACUGGAGAAAAUGAACAACUCUGAACGGUGAUGAACAACCAAAGAAGGAAUCAAGAUGAACCCUAGGUCUCUAUCAGUAUACAUCAUUGCUAACAGUGGUGCCUAUUCAAACCAUGCCUGAUUCGCAAUAUUGUCACAUCUCAAAGAGGCUCCUUAAAACAAGUCUCAUGAAGUGCCGUACAUAGGGGAGAAAUAUAAGGAAGGUUUUGGAGCGGGAAUUUACUGGAUGAAUUUGCUGCUACAAGUUGAUGACUUCAAGGGAAGCACUAUCAUUCCAUAUUUGUUCUGUGUUUAUACUUCUCGUGCCAUAGAAAUGGCAGCUCUGUAGUGAUCAUGUGGAUUAUGUGGGAACAAUGAGCGACUGUGGCAUGAUAACGAAAGAAGGCCUCUAAGUGUGAUUGUCAAUGUCAAUUUCCUGGAAAAUUCAUCAAAAUCCUCUAAUUCUGGAUUAUACAUAUAUUUGUCCUGACUUGGAUCCACAGCACCAAGCUUUAACUAUUGAUCAUAGUUGAAUUGUAUGCUUGAUAGCGCAGUAGGCCCGAGUCAUUACAUUUAUUUUCAAUUUUUUUUGGUAAUAAAUAGGCAUUUCGGGUUGACUGGUGGUGGUUUAACAACCCCAAAAUUGCUGAAAUUUCAUUUCAUUCUAAUCCUACAUGUAGACAUUCAUGUUGGGGUCUACUUGAUCUAGUUUGACAGAAAACUGAAAAUAAUCUGAGUCAAGAAAGAAAGGAAUAUUCUUCAUUUUCUAAAUAGAUCAAAAUUUCAAGAAAAUAUGGGAAAUAAAUGACAAUUUUUUUUAAUGUAAAGAUUUAAAAUCGUGAAAUCUCAGCAACUUUUAGGGAGGUUCCCCUGCCCCUUAUGAUUGUCAAAAUAGAAAAUGUGUAUGCUUUAAAAAAGUUGUUUGAAUGGCGUUUAAGUGUGA